UCCAGCCACCUUGACGAGGUCUCCUGCUGCUGGCUCACUGAGCGUCGACAGGCGCUUCCCAUUGGUGCUGAAAAAAGUUCUGCUCAAACAGCCUGUGGCCGCCCGCAAGUGGCCUCUCCUCGGAUCAUUGGGGGCACUAAUGCCAAACAAGGGGAAUGGCCAUGGCAAAUUAGCAUUAGGAAAAACAGGGGACAUACAUGUGGUGGCAGCUUGAUUUCAAACCAGUGGGUGGUGACAGCUGCUCAUUGCUUUGAAGGGCCAUUGGAUCCAACCCAGUACAAAGUAAAUCUGGGAGAAUAUGAACUUCCCAAGCCGGCUCCCACUAUGAUCUCAGCCUCCAUCAGCCAAAUCAUAGUCUAUCCAUAUUAUGCUGGAGAUGUUCUCAGUGGUGACAUUGCCCUGGUGAAGCUCAAUGAACCAGUUAAAUUUUCCCGCACAAUUUUACCAAUCUGCCUUCCAAAUUCUUCAGGCCCUGACCCUUUCUCUCCAGGGAUGAGCUGCUCUGCUACUGGCUGGGGCAGCUUUGUAAACAAAGGCCCUAUAGCUCGAACAUUGCAGAAAAUUGAUAUAGAAAUCGUCGAUAUUGAGGAGUGUAAUAAAAGGUUCCAGAAUAAAACAAGCCCACUUCCUUUACCAGAGAACUACACCCUAAUUUAUGAAGACAUGAUCUGUGCUGCGAGCCCUGAUGGCAAGAAGGACACUUGUCAGAUAAUGUAGAAUAAAGCACCAUCACUCUGUAGUGUGAUCACAAAGACAAGAUCCAGAACUGCAAGUACAAAAGCUUGAACAGACUACAAAGCUGCAGAAAAUAAGAAAUGUAAAGUUGUGAGG